AGUUGUCUACUGCUUUGGAGGUGACCUGGCGUACGUGUUUGACAAGACUAACAAAACAGUGGCGGAAUACGUAGAUGGAAAGGAGAUUAUCAUUAUAAUUAAAGUUUUGGCUGGGCGUGGGAUAAAAGGGUAUAUUAUCUACGAUGUGGAUAAAAAGGGUCAAGGACCGGAUGGUUUUCCAACGCCGGAAACAUGGGGCUUCAUUCUGUUGUCGUCCCCAAACGAAGAUAACUUCAAAUCAUGGGCGAAGCAGAAGCAUGCCAACCUCAUCGUUAUGGAUUGCCCGGACGAGAAUGACGUGAAGGCGAUGUGUGCCUGGAAGACGCGUGCUAUGUCUGUGCGGGUCCAAAAGAAGUACUGGAAAAUGAUCAAAGAACGCUUGGAUGAUGUGGGAACAAUUCCGCGAAGCAUUUUUUGA